ACCAAUCAGCGGGCGGAAGCACCACAACACGCCGGCGCCUCCACCAAUCAGCGGGCGGGAGCACCGCGGCGGGGGGCGGCGCCGGCCAAUGGGCGCCCAGUAGGAUGUUUUGAAUCUGUGUGUCUGCCUUCCCUUCGCGCGUCCCUUUAUUUGUGCGUUAGUGGCUGGAUGGGUGAGUAAGUCUGUGAGUGAGUGAGUCAGCGGUGAGGUGAGUCAGCAUGAGCUGGUUCGGGUCGGCGUCGGAAUGGAAGCAGGGACUCAGCACCUCUGCCCUCAGCAAGGUGGAGGAGCUGGAGAACCAGGUGGAGAGGCUCAAAAGGGAGAGGACGCAGAAACAGAACCAGCUGGACACAUUGCAACAAGCGCUAGACAAUCAGAAGAGGAAGAAUGAGGACAGCAUCAAGGAGAAACAGAGGCUGCAGAAGGAUAUUGAGCAGCUGGAGAGGAGCUGUGACGGCCUCCAGCAGCAGCUAUGUAAGGCUGGGAAUGGCGGGGGUGUGGGCAGCCUCAUCACCCCCCUCCCCACCACCACCCAGCUCAACCCCUUCCCUGGCACCUCUGUGAACUCGGGGACAGGGGAGGAAGUGGAGGGGCUGCGGAGGAAAGUGGAGGAGCUGACGAAGGAGAACAAGGACCUGAAGAACAAAGUGGAGACAAAGGCCCCCAACACACAGGAUGACUUCUGGGGGAGUUUCGGGGUUGGCGGGGGAGGCAGCGGGGGGAUGAGGAGGUCCCAGCGCACCCCCAGCAAGACCCCCAAAAAGCCAGCCCUGGAGACAAGCGAGGAGAACCCCUUCCGCACCCCCUUCACGCACCCCCUCCAGGCUCCGAUCACCCCCUACAAGAAAGGCAUGGGUGAGUCUGCCCCCGCUCCGAUGGCCGGCCCCUCGGAGGCCUAUGUACGGCAGCUGGAGCAGACAGUCGAGGCACUCAAGAAGGAACUGUCUGCCCUCCAGUCCAGCACCCCCACUCUGGCCCCCCUUGUUGAUGUCCCCAGCGUGGGUGAGGGGGCCGCAGCACUUCAGGUGGCCCUGGACAAGGCUCUGGCGCAGGUGUCACAGCAGGAAAAGGCGUGCAAAGCUGCUGUGGAGGAGGUGGCGAGCCUGAAGAGACAGCUGGAGGAGGCUGCGGAGAAGGGCGUGAAGGUGGAGCAGCGGCUGAAGGUGGUGCAGAGUGAGAGGGAGUGUGAGCGCCACAACGCGGAGGCAGCACGGAAGGCCCUGGAGGAGAAGCUGAAGGACAGGGAGAGGGAGCUGAACGCGGACCUCAACGCUGCCAGGAAGGACGCGGCUGACCUCGAGCGCAAAGUGCAAGAGCUCCAGACCAAGAUGCAACAGCAGGAGACGCUCGCUCGCACCUCCCACAACGCACUGCAGGCGGCGCUCGACAAGGCCACGGCACAGGUCAGCAGCCUCGAACUUGAGCACCGUGCAGCAGGGUCAAGGGCACAGCAGCUAGAGGCGGAUGUACUUCGCCUCACCACUGCAGCGGAGGAGGCCACGCGCACCACCACACACCUCAGGCAGGAGAAGGAGAUGGCAGCUGCUCAGGCAUCCGGGUUGAAGGUCAAGUUGGCGGCGGCUGAGUCCAUGGUGGAGAAGCUGACAUCCAGGGUGGAGGCGGCGGAGCAGACAGCCGACAGCAGGAAGGCGGAGGUGGAGAAGGCCGUCCGUGAGGGUGAGGCAAAGGUGGCUGGUGUGAGGGAGGAGGCGCGGCAGGCCCAGGUGCAGCAGGAGGCGGCCAGCAAGGUUCAGCAGGAGCAGGCCGUGACCGCCGCCCUCACCGCCGCCAAGAAGGAGUGGGCGGAAAGACUGGACGGUGUCAGUACUCUAGAGGCCAAGGUGGAGGAGCUAACAAGGCAGGUGGAGGCAGCCAAGCAGGAGGCGGAGGAGCAGGUGGCAAAGAUGAAGGUGGAGGCUCAGAAACAGUGUGACGAGGCAAAGGAGGAGGUGAAGAAGAUGAAGGAGGAGGAGGAGAGGAAACUGAAGGAGGCGAGGAAGGAAGGAGAGCGAAGAGUGGAGGAGGUGAAGGACGAUCUAAGAAUAGCGAGAGAGGAAGGAGAGAAGAAACUGGAGGAGGCAACAGAGGCAAUGAAGAAGGUGAAGGAAGAGGGGGAGAAGAAGAUAGAGGAGGAGAAGAAGACAGGAGAGAAGAAAAUAGAAGAACUGGAAGAGGAACUGAAGAAAACGAGAAUGGAAGGAGAGAAGAAGUUGGAAGAAGCAAAGGAGGCGUUGAAGAAGGCAAAGGAGGAGGAAGAGAGGAAGAUGGAGGAGGAGAGAAGGGAGGGAGAGAGGAAAGUCGAGGAGGCGAGGAAGGAGAUACAGCAAGCCUUGGAGGAAACUCAAGCCCAGGUGGAGGAAAUGAAGGAAAAGGUGUCAGCAGCAGAGGCAGCAGCAGCGGAAGCCAGCAGGAAGGAGGAGGAGGCGAGGGGGGAGAAGCUAGCGGCGGAGUUGAGCGCCUGGGAGCUGGAAGGGAAGAUUGACCCCCUGAAGAGCGAGCUGAGCCACUACCUGGAGGCUGCUGACCUGCUGAAGACUGAGAUUGAGGCUUUGAUGAAGGCCAAGCAGGAGGCAGAUCAGCAGGUGGAGGAAAGAGGGAGGGAGAGCACGGAGGUAAAGGAGAAACUGGAGGAAAGGGAGAAGAAAAUGAAGGAGCUGGAGGUGGAGACGGUGGAGGAGAGAGAGAAACUGGUGGAGGAAAAGAACAAACUGGUGGAGGAAAACAGGAACUUAACAGAGGAGAAAUCAGUGCUCAUCGGAGAGAAAGAGAGAGCGGAGGAGGAAAAGGAGAGAUUGAGGGAGGAAAAAGACAUAUUGAUGGAGGAAAAAGACAAAUGGCUGGAGGAAAGAGGGAAGUUGAUGAAGGAAAUUGAUUACCUACUGGAGGAAGGAGAGAUUCUGAUGGAGGAAAGAGAGAGAAUGAUGGAGGAAAAAGAGAAGAUGAUGGAGGAAAUUGAUGACUUGAUGGAGGAAGGAGAGAUACUGAUGGAGGAAAGAGAGGAAAUGAUGGAGGAAAAAGAGAAACUAGUAGAGGAAAGAGACAGUUUGGUGGAGGAAAGAAACAAGUUGGUGGAGGAAAGAGAGAAGAUGAUGGAGGAAAAAGAAAAAAUGAUGGAGGAAAAGGAGAAAAUGAUGGAGGAAAAGGAGAAAAUGAUGGAGGAAAAGGAGAAAAUGAUGGAGGAAAGAGAGAAAAUGAUGGAGGAAAACAAGAAAAUGAUGGAGGAAAUUGAUGACUUAAUGGAGGAAGGAGAGAUAUUGAUGGAGGAAAGAGAGGAAAUGAUGGAGGAAAAUGAGAAAAUGAUGGAGGAAAAAGAGAAAAUGAUGGAGGAAAAAGAGAAAAUGAUGGAGGAAAACAAGAAAAUGAUGGAGGAAAAAGAGAAAAUGAUGGAGGAAAAGGAGAAAAUGAUGGAGGAAAAGGAGAAAAUGAUGGAGGAAAAGGAGAAAAUGAUGGAGGAAAACAAGAAAAUGGUGGAGGAAAAGGAGAAAAUGAUGGAGGAAAAAGAGAAAAUGAUGGAGGAAAACAGGAAGAUGAUGGAGGAAAGUGAGAAAAUGAUGGAGGAAAAAGAUAGUUUGUUGGAGGAAAGAAACAAUUUAGUGGAGGAAACAGAGAAAUUGAAGGAGGAAAAGGAGCAAAUGAUGGAGGAAAAGGAGAAAAUGAUGGAGGAAAAAGAGAAAUUAGUGGAAGAAAGAGAUGAUUUAUUGGAGGAGGGAGAGAUACUAAUGGAGGAAAGAGAGAAACUGAUGGAGGAAAAACAAAAAAUAGCGGAGGAAAGAGAUCAAAUAAUGGAAGAGAGACAAAAAAUAACAACGGAGAGAGAAAUAGAGGAAAACAGACACAAGGAGAGAGAAAAAUCCCUUCUCCACCAAUUAGAGGGAGCAAUGAGGGUGGAGGAGGAGGUGGAAGCGCUGAGGAGGCAGGUGGAGGAGGGAGUGAGGGAGGUGGAGGUGGAGCGAGAGGCCCUACGUGACGCCCUCCACCAGCUGAGGAGGACACAAGAGGCACUGCAGGAGGAGCUGAGGAGUGCCAAGGAGGAGUGCCAGGCCUUGAGGUGUCAGCAGGAGUCAGCAGCAGAGGCAGUCCAUCAGCAGCUGUCAGCCUGUCUGUCAGCGCUGCGUACACACACCACUCAUGUAUACCAGGUGGAGGAGGAGAGCAAGAAAAUCCAGGAGGAGGUGGAGAACGUGGAGCAGGAGGAGAGGAGGCACGGAGGAGCCCUGGAGGAGAUGAGGAAGGAGGUGGAGGCAGCGAGCAGGGAGAUCCUUUCCUCCCUCACCUCCCUCAGUGUCAGGCUGAGGGAGAGAGAGGAGCAGGGAGAGGAAAAGGAGAGAAGAAUUACCUCACUCGUCAAGGAAGUCAAGGAGGUGUCUGCAGCACGUGAGGCAGCACAGAAGAAGAUGGAGGAGGUGCGUGAGGAGUACGAGAGCUACCGGGAGGUGAUCAUGAUGCUGGGUGACCAACAGAGGGCAGCACCGGCCCCCCUCAGUGUGAUGGAGGUGCAGAAGGAGAACGAAGCAAUACAAAGACGCAACAACACACUGGCGGAGCAAAACAAGACCCUCCAGCGCACCCUUCUCUCCCUGCAACACUCCAACACACUCAAGCAACACAAGCCCUCCACAACACCACGAAGACACCCACGGAACACUCUCAGCAACAUCACCAAUACCAGGGCGGCUCAUACCCAGACCGCAACACCCACUCGCAACACCGCAACACCACAGAGAGCACACAACACCACGGCCACCAUUCUGAGUGCUGGUGUUGACUCGAAGGUGGUGUUUACAUGCUACACAACACCGGAGCGGAAGAUUACAACACCGAAAGGCUCUGGCAACACUGCAAAGGAAUGGGAUGAAGGAGGAAUAGAGAAUAGGAAGGAAGUGGACAGUAUGGAGGAAGAGGCGGAAAAGAAGGAAGGAGAGAUGAAUAGAGAGGAGGAAGAUGAAGGAAUGGAGGAAGAAGUGGAUGAUUUAGACAAGGAAACAAGGAAGAAAGGAAUUGAAGAGGAGGAAACGGAGAUAGAAAACAGGGAAACAGGAGAUGAUGAUGAAGAAGAAGAAGAGGAACCAAACACCACCACCACCACCUCUCAACUCCAAGACAAGAUCACCGGUUUCAACUCCACACUCACCCAACUAGAGAACUGUUAUACACUCUUCCGUAGCCAACUUGAACACACCACCAAGGAGAUCGAAACCCUCUCAACACCACCAUCACCACCUCCACCAGGCACUGUGGCCCCCAAACUGGCACUCCUACGGGAAACAGCUGCCUCCAGGGUGUUGGCACUGGUGGAGAUGAAGGAGAGGGUGAGGAGGCUGAGGGAGAAGGUGGAGAGCUUGGGAGAUAAUGCUGAGAAUCUCCACCUUGAGCUGAGGAGUGAGAGAAGAGGAGGAGGAGGAGGAGGAGAAGUGGAGGACAAUAUGAAGGUGGAGGGCCUAGUGGAGCAGGUGGGCAGCUUGGAGUGCGUGGAGGGGCAGGUGGAGGAGGAGGUGACGGAGGUGAAAGAGAAGCUGGCACAGGCUGUCCUCCACCUCAGGCAGAGUGAAGGACAACUCAUCUCCCACUCUGAGCUGGCUGACAAACUGACUCAACAAAUACUGAACAAGAUAAAGGAGAUGGAAGAGGAGGAGGAGGAGGAGGAGGAGGAAGGAGAGAAGAUGAAGGACAAACUGCAGACUCUUCUAAGGCUCCAGCAGGAAAGAGACCAGCUCCAAACCACAUGCGCGGACCUUCGAAACCAGCUCACGGACACACUGCAGCAACACACACGCUACGACACACGCACGCAGGAGCUCGGCAACCUCAACGAAGAACUCAGCUCACGGAACGACCGCAUCACGUCACAAAACGACAUCCUCAUCCACACGAACGAGGAAUUGCAGCGCCGUGUGGAGGAGCUGGAAAGCCGCGUGGAGGAACUUACCUGCCAGAAUGACAUGCUAUCGUUCCGCGUGGAUUCCGGCGCACCUAACACCCCCACGUCCCCCUCCGCAACGCCUCCACACCCAAGACAAGUGGAGACGCAUGGGGUACCUCACGGUCACACGGAAGCGAGCGCACGUAUCGCCCUGGCUGAGCUCCAAGGGUGUUACGAUGCCUUGAAGGAGGAUUGGAAGAGCCUGGAGAGGGAGAAUAGGGAGUUUAAGGAAGAUCUUGAGGUGUUUUCAAGGGAGAAUAGCGACCUGAAAAGGGACUGGGAGGCGAUCUUGGUGGAGAAUGAGGAGCUGAAGAGAGAGGCGGAGAAGAGUGCGAGGGACAAGAUGGAGGAAGAGGAAGAGGAAGAAGGUGGACUAAUGAAAGAGAAUGAGGAACUGAGGACAAAAUUGGAGAAGUUGAAGAAGGAGAUAAUUGAAAUGAAGAAGCGAAUGGAGGAAUGGGAGAAGGAGAACGGAAAGCUGAGGAAGGAAAUUGAGAAACAGGCGAACAAAGAUAAGGAAGAAGAGAAGGAAGAGAUGAAGGAGGAGGAAGAGAGGAAUGAGAAAGAGGAACUAAGAGAGAAUGAAGAAACAAAACUGGAAAAGGAGAACGCAGAAAUGGAGAAGAAUGAAGAAACAAAACUGGAAAAGGAGAAUGCAGAAAUGGAGAAGAAAAAUAGAGGACUUGAAACGGAAGAAGAAGAAGAAGAGGAACAAGGAGAGAAUGAACAAACAAAACUGGAAGAGGAGAACACAGAAAUGGAGAAGAAAAAAGGAGAACUGGAAGUGGAGAACGAGGAAAUGAGGAACCAGAUAAAGCAAUUAGUGGAGGAACUUGAAGAAUUAAGAACAAGAACGGAAGGGGUGGAGAGGAUGAAGGAGGAAAUGAGGGAGGAAAAGGGACAGCUGGAGGAAAGAUAUCAGGCCUUGGAGGAACAACUGGAGGCGGUUCACAAAAAUACGGACUCCCUGAAGCGGAAAACGGAGGAAGCGGAAAAAUUAAUCGCGGAAAUGCGACAGAAAACCCAGGACUUGACGAAGGCGAAUCUUGAGCUUGAUGUCAAACUCCAGACCAAGGAAGGAGAGAUGGAGGAGCUGGGGAAGGUGAUGGAGGGAAUGGAGGAAGACAAUGAGGGGUGGAGGAGGAGAGCGGAGGAGGUGGAGAGAGAGAACGAGACGCUGAGAGAAGAGAAAAGGAAGGUGGAGGAGGAGAAAGAGGAGAUAAGGAGGGAGAUAGAGAGAUUGCAGGAGAAGGAGAAGGAGGAGGAGGAGGAAGAGAGGGAGAAAGAGAGACUGACCCAAGAAAGAGAGGAAACAGAGAAGGAGAAGGAAAGGUUGACCCAAGAGAAAGAGGAAAUGGAGAGAGAAAAGGAGGGAAUAAUGCAAGAAAAGGAAGAAUUAGAGAAAGAAAGAGAGGAAGCAGAGACAGAGAAGGAGAUAAUUGAAAAGAAGAAGGAAGAGAUGGAAAUAGAAGAGAAAGAAGUGGAGAUAGAGAAAGAGAGACUAUCACAAGAAAGAGAGAAGAUAGAGAGAGAAAAGGAGGAAGCAGAGAAGGAGAAGGAGAGAAUGGAGAAGGAAGUAGAGGAGCUGAAGGAGAAAGUGGAGGAGGUGGAGAGAUUUUCCUCUUCCGCUAAAGAGAAUUUGGAGGAACAAAUGGAGAGACUCAGCCAGGAGGUGGAGGAAAGGAAGGAGGAGACGGAGGAAAGGAAGAAAGAAGCAGAGAGUAAGGAGAGAGAGAAUGAGGAGUUGAAGAAAUUGAUAAAGGAGGAGAAGGAGAAAGUGGAAGAACUGAAGGAAGAAUUAAAAGUGAAGGAAGAGGAGAAGGAGGAAGAGAGGAAGAGGAAGGAGGAGAAGAUAGAAGAGGUGGAGAAACUUAUGAAGGAAUUUGAGAGUAAGGAAGAGGAAAUAAAGAGGAAGGAGGAAGAAAUAGAAGAAACAAAGGGAGAACUUAGAAGGAAAGAGGAAGAGGUAAAGGAAAUGAAGGAAGAGUUGAAGAAGAAGGAAGAGGAGGUGAAGGAGAUGAAGGAAGAGCUGGAGAGGAAGGAGGAAGAAAUGAAGGAAGAGCUGGAGAAGAAGGAAGAGGAGGGAAAGAAGAUGAAGGAAGAGCUGGAGAAGAAGGAAGAGGAGGCGAAGGAGAUGAAGGAAGAGCAUGAGAAGAAGGAGGAAGAGAUGAAGGAGAAAGUGAAGGAACAGGAGGAAGAAAUCGGAAGGCUGCGGAACGAUUUAGCGGACAAGGCAAAUGAGACGACUAAUUUAAUGGUGGAGAAAGCGAGCCUGGAGGUCAACAACACUAGGCUUAAGGACAAAGUGGAUGCCCUCUCCUUCAGGGAUAAGGCACUCACAGGGGAGCUGAGGGGACAGGUGAAGGCUGCCCGAGCUGACCUGGACACCUUGAGGGCCAGGUGCGUGCUGACCAAGAAGGAGAUGCGGAAGAAGGAGGAGGAGCUGAGAGAGUACAUAUCCCACACAGAGGAGAUGGAGGCGGAGGUGAAGGAGAUGAAGGAGAAGGUGAGGAGUGUGGAGGAGGAGAGGGAUGGCCUGCGGAAGGAAGUGGAGGAGGCGAGGAAGCAGGUGGAGGAGCGGAAGGGGGACACCAGCAAGAAAGCGGAGCUGACCCGCACCGUCCAUGACCUUCAGGAGGAAAACGAUAUCCUGAACGCCAAGCUUGCCCUUCUGAAAACCAAGACACGGCAGCUCAGGGCCAGCGCCAGGGAGGGGGGAGCAGGAGGAGGGGAGAAGAGAGGCAGGGAGGAGGGGGAGGAAGGGAGCGGAGAAAGGGAGGUGAAGAGAGAGGGAGAAGAACGAGAAACAACACAGAAGAAAGGGAGAAUAGAGAAGGAGGAGACACUCGAUAAAGAUGGCAAAGAGGAAGAGAAAACAGUCAUCCCGGAAACACAAACACAGGUCACACAGGUCAUUCCACCCACCUGCGAGCUUGGCCUCCGACGUGCCUUGACCCGACACACGUCUUCCCUGGGGGUCAAACCAAGCCCCAGAGUGACCCGAAACAUGACACGGAGAUCACAUGAGCCAGGAGUGAAGGAGGAGGGCAGGAGGUCAGUGGGAGUGGGUUGGGGGAGGAGAGGGAGGAGGUCAGUUUCGAGAGGGGAGGAAGGAAAGGAGGGAAUGGAGAAGGGAGUAGAAGGAGAAGGAAGGAACGAAGGAGAAGUGGAAAGUAGGAAGAUGUCAGGAUUAAAGGAAGGAAAGAAAGGAGGAGAAGGAGAAGGAAGGAGUGAAGGAGUGGAAAGCAGGAAGAUGUCAGAACUAAAGGAAGGAAAGAAAGGAGGAGAAGAAGAAGGAAAGAGCGGAGAAACAGGAUUGAAGGAAGAAGAAAAGGAAAGAAGGAGUGAAGAAAUAGGAGUGGAGGAAAGCAGAAAACCCAUAGCAGGAGUCAGUGGUGUCAGCAGGAGCAAGAGGCUGCUGCGAGGUGCCACACAGCCCAGCAGGAGGGUGCGGCACUGUGGACUGGCACCCCUGGCGGAAGAGGGGCUGCCAUCUCAAGUCAGCCAGGGCCUCAACAGCCUUCCCCAGGGGUCGCAAAGCCCUGGGGUGAUGAGGAGAACCACAGCGGCAAGGAUGGGACAGGCUCCCGGACCACUUCGAUAUCUUGACGUCAACAGUCCAAGGAAGACUAAGGAGGAGGCGGAGAAAAAACCAACCCGAUGUCUCCGCUCCUCCUCCUCUUCCACCUCCUCCUCCUCGUCCUCGUCACCCUCCACCACCUCCUUUGCCGCUGCUGCUGCCGCCAGACUGAGGAAGAGGGCCCAGAAUCGUCGCCCUCAUUAUCAGCCUGAACCACAGCAAGACCAGGAAUGCAAGACGCAGUGAUUGUAUUUUUUCCGUUUAUAUUUUAUUUAUUUAUUAUUAUUUUUUUGGUUUGUGUGUGAGAGAGUAUGUGCGUUGAGUCUGGGUUGGUGUGUUUGUGAAUGUAUGGUUCUGUGUGUGUGUGUGUGAGUGAAUGAAUGUUUGUGUGUGUAUUUGUGUGUGUUUUUCCUCCAGUUUUAAUUUUCUCGAUUUUUUUUCUGUUUAUUAAUUUUUUGGGUGAUUUGCUCUUUUUUUCAUUUUUCCUUCUUUCUCUUUUGUUCUUAAUUUUCUUUUCAUCACUUAUUUUCUCUUUAUUCUGACUCGAUUUUUUUUUUUUUUUUUUUUAAUUCUCUUUCUCUUCUCUUUUCUUUCUCUCUAAUUAUCCUUUCAUCUAAUAUUUUUUCUCUCAUCUCUUGUUCAUAAUAUCUUCCCUUCAUUACUUUCUCCUUUAUUUUCUCAUUCUUUUUCUCUAUUUUGCUCUUCCUUGUUUCUUCUUCCUCUUCCUAUUUUCUUCCUAUUUUCCAUGCUUCCUUUUCAUUGAUCUCAUUUCAUUCCUCUUUUAAUUAUUUAUUUCAUUUAAAUAUUUAUUCAGUAUUAUUUUCCCUUUCAAAGACAAAAAAAAUAAAAA